AUGAAAUUCGUCUUCGCCAUCCUACUUGCCAUCGUCGGAAUCGCCCAAGCGUGCAUUGGUGGCGCUGGCGGCAACCAAUGCUGCCCACCAGCUCAGCCCGCUUGCGGUAACCCAUGCGGCGGCGGUGCUGCACCACUCUCGUCGGGACCCGUUGCCAGCUAUGCGCUCCCGCCAGCGCCUGGCGGUUACGCGGCGCCACCACCACCACCACCACCACCAGCCCCACAAGGCUACGCUCAAGUCGGUAAAUAA